AUGGCAGGAGACUCGAAUAAAACGCCCAAGAGGCUUAUUGUCCUAUGUGACGGAACCUGGCAAAAUGCCGUCAACGUGGAAUCUUACGACUACCCGACCAACGUGACCCGCUUCUCUCGCGCACUCAGCCAAUUCGGCGAGAGAGACGGCAAAUUCGUCCCUCAAAUCAUAUACUACCAGCCUGGCGUCGGAACCGGAGUCGCUGAUAAAAUCACUGGAGGAGUGUAUGGUGCCGGCCUCUCCGCCAACGUCCGUGCGGCCUAUGGUUUCCUCGCCCACAACUACAACCCCGGCGACCAGAUCUAUUUCUUCGGCUACUCGCGCGGCGCAUACACAGCGCGUGCUAUUGCCGGCCUAAUCACCAGUUUAGGCCUGCUUACAAAAAAAGGCAUGGACAGGUUUCACUCUGUGUACCAGGAAUAUUAUCACCCCAAGGACGAACCAAAAGCCGGCAAUGACCGAAAGCCCAACGUCGAGAAAUUGCAGCAACUUGCAGGGGAUGAACUGCACGAAGGCGCGAAAGAUGCCAUUGAAAUCGUCGGUGUCUGGGACACCGUGGGCUUUCACAAAGCAGGAUGGAUGGGUGAGGAAUUCGAAUUCUACAAUACGCGACUAUCGGACAAAGUGAGCCAUGGAUUCCACGCCUUGUCGUUGGAUGAGACGCGCGAGGCAUUCCUUCCGACGCUGUGGGAGUCAAAUACCAAUGACGCUGGUGGGAAGAACGCGAAACAAGUCUGGUUCUGCGGCGAGCACGGUAUCGGCGGUGGGAGCAAAGAUUCAGAUCUGGCUGAUAUUUCACUGGCGUGGAUGAUUGCAGAGUGCUACAAGACGAAAAAGCUGAGCUUUGUCGAUUUGGACGGGGAUCCGGCGACUUCUUAUCUUCUAGCCGGAGGAACAGAUGCAGCCGCACUGGAUACCGCGGAGGCGGAACAGGAAACAGCACAAUGGAAAACGGCCUUGUAUCCGAAGGCUGAGGAGAGUUUCAUGGGAAUAGCGGCGCUCCGGAAGGGCGCGACCAAGCUUUUGUGGACUUUGAGUAAUUGGGUUCUGCCGGGGAAGUCGGGCGUAAGGAAACCGAACGAAAAUGCAUUCGAGCCCGGGGAGACGAAUGAGAGAAUUCACCAGUCGAUUCGAGAUCGAAGGUUAGGGCGUGGCGAGUGGCCGUGUACACCGAUCAAAGGGAGAAUGGGGGGAGAAGAAAGUAAACUUUGGGAGCUUACUCGGAAAACAGGUGCUGUGCUGGAAGAGACCGUUCCGGAUGUGAUUGAACUGAAGCUCAAGGGGAGGAUCAGGCCUGUGACAUGA